UGAACCUACCGCCUGCCGAAAGAAUCAAUAAAAUCAAGGUUAAAGUGAAAAAGUUACAACAUUCUGAAUUUGGCCAACAUUUUUCUUGUUGCUUUUAUUUUGAACCAGAGUGAAUAUUAAUUAGAUUAUUGCCCACAGUUCUGCCGGAACACCCUGUAUACAUCUAUUUGCAGAUAGCUUUCAAUGUACAGAUUGAUAUCGAUACGACUACCAGCUCCUUGAUUAUCACUACGACCGUGAACCUUAGUGUCUUCUGUGAUCCGAAUAUAAAAAAACGGUGAUAUUUUCAAGCAAGUUUGUAUCGAAUAGCGAGCGUUCUUGCAUAUCAAAAGAAAUCCCAAGCGUUCAAGCGAUUUGCUUGAAUAUAUUACCUGGCUAAUACGCUGUAUAAAUUCAAAAUUAUCAGCCAGCGUUGCAGUUUUCUAUUGGCCGCCAUCGCUGACGACCGUGGUGGUUCAGUUGCUCAGAUUCCAUAGAUGAACUGAACGAUGAAUAACUUGCAAUAUUUGGUUAUCCUGGGACUGAUAUGUUGCACCUAUGCGAAGAUAUCUGAAGACGAACUGAAACAGUAUCUAAAUAAUGUAUAUGAGAGAGAAGCCUCAGACCAGUGUCGUAAAGCUGCGUUGGCUCAGUUUGACUUUGAAACCGAUAUAAGAAACAAGAAGAAAGAAGAGUUGACUACUAAUUUAACACUCGAACAAGCAGCAUGGGAAAAAAACGUUUGGACUAAGUACUUCAAAGACAUUGUACCAGAGGAAUAUGAAGAUCCAACAAUACGAAGGGAGGUUAAAUUUUUGAAAAUAUUAGGUUCAGCGGCAUUAGAGCCAAAAAAGUUAGAAGAGCUUAACGAAGUUAAUAACAGAAUGACAGAGAUAUACAGCACAGGCAAAAUAUGUCCUUACAAGAUUCCGAACUGCGAUCUUGCAAAAGAAGGGUUGACCCUUGAACCAGGAAUAGAAAAUAUAAUGUCAUCAUCUAAGGAUUAUGAUGAAUUACUAUAUGCAUGGAGUAAGUGGAGAGACGCUACUGGUGCAAAGAUGAAGGAUUUGUAUAAGAAAUACGUUCAAUUGUCCAAUGAUGAAGCAAAGGCAAACAAUUUCAGUGACAAGGGUGAAUACUGGCGUUUCGCAUACGAAGAUCCCCAUUUUGUGGAAAACAUAGACACCAUAUGGAAAGAAGUAGAACCGCUCUAUAACGAACUCCACAAAUACGUUGGUAACAAACUAAAAGAUCGCUACGGUCCCAAGUUGGACAUGAAGGACGGCUUGUUGCCUGCUCAUGUCUUUGGUAACAUGUGGGCACAAUCUUGGGAGCAUCUUAGGGAUAUUCUAGAACCGUUUCCGAAUGCUGGACAGAUGAAUGUGGAUGCAGAGAUGAAAAAACAAGGUUACACUCUAUUGGAAAUGUUCAAAAAGGCUGACGAAUUCUAUCAAUCGCUGGGUCUCUAUUCUAUGGAAAUGUGUUACAACGAAAGUGCUGGAGCUAUGAUAAGGAAACCAACAGACGGAAGGGAAGUUCUGUGCCAUGCCAGCGCUUGGGACUUUUGCGACAAGAAAACUUUUAGAUUGAAGAUGUGUACUGAUGUAACAUUCGAAGAUUUUCGUACCAUCCACCAUGAAAUGGGCCACAUUCAGUAUUAUCUUCAAUACAAGCAUCUGUCUCAUACGUUUAGAGAGGGCGCAAACCCAGCAUUCCAUGAAGCUGUUGGAGAUACAAUGGCGCUCUCAGUAUCGACUCCUACUCAUUUGAAAAAGAUCAAACUACUUAAUAACUUCGACGAAAGCUAUGAGUCGGAUAUCAACACUUUAAUGAACAUGGCUCUAGAAAAAAUAUCAUUCUUACCAUUUGGGCUACUUAUUGACAAAUGGAGAUGGGACGUAUUCAGUGGAGCAGUCCAAGCUGAUAAGUGGAACUCACACUGGUGGCACUACCGGAUGAAAUAUCAAAAAGUCAAGCCUCCUAUAGAGCGAUCAGAUACCAGAGACUUUGAUCCAGGUGCAAAGUACCAUAUUCCCGGAGAUUCACAGUAUAUCGCGUACUUCGUGGCUCAUAUUCUUCAAUUCCAAUUCUACAAAAGUCUGUGUAUUGAAGCAAAGCAAUAUGAUCCACAUAACCGUGCAGUACCGCUUCAUAGGUGUGACUUUUAUAAUUCGGUAGCAGCUGGAGAUAAAUUGAAGGCCGGAUUGUCACUAGGAGCCAGCAAGCACUGGAGUGAAACACUCGAAAUAAUGACAGGAUCAAAAGUAGUGUCAGCACAACCUUUACUGGAGUACUUUGAGCCACUCUAUAAAUUUCUCAAAGCGGAAAACGAAAAGUUGAGUCCAAAGAUAACUGUGAAUAUGACAACAUUGAUGAUCGAGAAAAUCGGGCCGAAUAAUAAUACAAGGGUUUUAUUUUCUAGGAAAACGGAAAUUCAUACUGAUCAAAAAAUGUGAUUACGUUAGAAUAGAGAACGAAAUGAUAUUGAAUGAAUUGCUUUUGAUGAAGAUACAAGGCGAGUUCCACAGGAUACAAAGACACAGCAUAUGACAAAACAAUGUCUGACAUAUGAAUUUAAAUGACACUGGAUAGAGGACUUAUAAGGGCAUUUGAAAUAGUCAAACAGUAACACAUAAUGCAAAGAUACUGAUAUAUUAAUUAAGGAAAAGAAAAUUUUCUGAUCAUGAAUCGUCAUUUUUAACAUAUUUAAUGUAAAUUUGCUAGCAUGUUUCUUUAAAACCGUAAAAGGAUUUAUUUUUGCUUAAAUAAAAACAUCAUUUUAAUAAAUGUAAUCCGUUUCAUUUCUCCAAUUAUCUUCCGUUCCAAUGUGAGAUAAA